GUUUGAAAUGCGGUCACGUGUUUGUAGUGACUGUUGUUUUGACACUUCUUUUAGUGAUGUUUGGUUUGAAUGUGAGACAAAUGUCUUCAGCCGUAAGCUAUGUUUCACUUGAUUUCCAGGUCUUCGGCAGAGUUCAAGGUGUUUUCUUCCGAAAGUUUACGAAACGAAAAGCCGAUGAAUUGGGUGUUUAUGGCUAUUGUAUGAAUGCCAGGGACGGCACUGUUGUCGGAACCAUACAGGCAUCACAUCAACUCAUUCAGCAAAUGAAGGAUUGGUUGCAAAAUACUGGAAGUCCUUACAGUCGUAUCGAAAGGUGUGAAUUCACUAAUGAAAGGAUUAUCUCUGAGUUGGAGUACAAUAAGUUUGAAGUCAGACAUUGAAUACUUGUAUUAAUAUUUAUUAACUCUUAUUCUACGAAAUUACAUAAUAUGUAUAUCAAGUGUUUUGUUUAAAAUUAAUUGUAGCAUAUUUUUAAUAAAACAUAUGUUGUUUAAA